AUGGCCACCAAGCCGGCCGAGAAGCCUGUGCGUCCAAGACUGAAUACCACCACGGACUGGGCCUCGCCGAGAGCCGCCGCGGGCUACUCGUCUGGGCCGGAAGAAGGGGUCUCACCCAGGUCUGCUGGGAAAUCCAUAAGGGAAGGUCAAGAGAAGGGCCAUAGGCGCGGAGGUAUUGAGGAUGGGCGGCCACAGCAGCGGCGUCACGGUUCUGAGAGUCUGGCCAUGAAGCCGUCCAUCUCGAACCUUCGCGAUAAUCUUGGCGACUUAUCGCCUAGCGUGGUGAAGGAGUUGAAGAGGAUGAUCAAGGAAGAAGUUGCCCAAGUCGCUCAAGUCGUCCAGCUGAAGAAAAGCGAGACUGACACACCCGCCAACCCGCCACGUCCCUCUCCGGUGUCGAGCCAGAAAGCAGUCUCCACGCCGUCGUCCCCCGCUCCGCCACCAUCAGUCGUCGAAGCACGCAGUUCCUCCAAAGUGUAUCUGCCUCGAGAUCGAAGUCCAAUGACCACGCACGCGAAGACAGCAUCAACUAUCCCUGCGCCGGCAGGUCAGUCCACUUCGCCCGUCAGCCCCCGACCCAAGACUGUUCACUUCCAGUCCGGGGGCCCGUCGGUGAUUCACUACGAACCGUGCACCGGCUCGAUAUUGGAAUCUAUCUCGCCUACCGCUCCUGCCACCGCGGCGGAGGCCGAGCUGAGCAGUGUUGACAAGGCCUGGGGAAUGCUGUUUGACUCCGAAGGGUAUUCAACGCAACGUCUCAACUCUGUGCUCAGGGGUCUAGCGAGCUCGAUGAUUGCUGAGUUUGGAUACCCAGAGACACUGGUCGUUACCCCCGACAAGAUGUUCACUCUGUACACAAGGUACAGAAUCGAGCCUGAGAAGUUUCCAUAUGAAGACAUUUUCAAGGAGCGGUCCGAAGAUGCACUGAAGAGAAUCGAAUUUCUGUACCAGGACCUGGGCUGCCCGUACCACCUCGUCCAAGCCGCGCCAAGAUCCCACCCCAGUGUGCCCGGACUGACGCCCGCCGGCUUCGCCAAGUGGAUGGUUAGUAACAUACUCGCGUACCCCGAAUCUGAAGCCAGGCGCCUGCACGCCAUCGUGUCUGCCCUGCCCGUCGACGCCGACGGGCCCCUGUUAGAAGGCAAGCCUGAGAGGCUGCCCCGCCAGCUCUCUCGGCACCUCCUCCCGAGGACCCACGACAACAAGGUCCGCAAGAUCCUCAACGAGGCCGUGUGGGACUGCCUGGAGGACGCCGCGCCAUCUCUCCCGCCGACCUCGCGCACGGCGAGGGUCUCCGAGGCAGCCGCACACAGCACUCGACGGCCGUCCACCGGCGCCGACGACCCGAGAGAUCCCGCGCCCGCGCCACACCGCACGACGUACGGUGAGCGGGGCAGCGACGUCGACUACGGGGUGUACUCUGGCCAUCGCGAUGGACGUGGCUCGGAUUCGAGGGACGAGUCGCCGCGGUCCCCCGGUAUUGGUAGGCGCAGCGGUGCCGGCGCGGGUUCCGGUCGGCGCCCGACGUGGGAGGAGAUGCACAUCCGCAAAGGGUCCUCGGGCGGGAUGGUCUCGUCUGUUGACGCGGGGCCGCACCGUUCAUGUCGUUGA